AGCUGGAUUGUAACUGUGUUUUCUUCUCCAAAUCGAAGUAGCAUGGGCAGGAAGAAGUGAGGUCGAGAUAGGGAAAGUGGAAUUCAAUGGCGGCGGCGACUUCCUUGCGACUUUACCCACCAAAUUCCAAUCCACUCAUCUUCUUCUCUCGCAAAAUGGUGCAAUUUCGGGGCAAUUCCUUUUUCUCUACGCUGCGCAGUUCUAGUUCUAGGUUUCCUACUUCCGUGCAUCCAAAUCCAAUUCGAAAGCCAAAACCAAAAUCAAAUGGAGCAGUUUCUGUUCAUCCAAAUCCAAAGCCAAAACCGAGUGGAAUAGUUUCUGUACGUCCAAUUCCGAAUGGAAACCUGGAGCCAUCUGGACUAGUAUCCAUUGCAUCUUCUAUACCUCCUCCUCCUCCUCUUCCUCCAUUUUCAGGCGUAGAGGGUGUGAUGAUGGAAUAUAUAUGCGGUCAAAGGAGAGCCACUCUCGUUGCUCAUUCUGUGUGGAAGCAUAUUGUUCGGGAAGGGGACACGGUUAUUGAUGCCACCUGUGGAAAUGGUCAUGAUACCUUGGCAUUAUUAAAAAUGAUUGCUGAUGAUACACGUAAGGGUCGGGUGUAUGCUAUGGAUGUUCAGAAAGUUGCUUUAGAGAAUACGUCACUCUUGCUGGAUCACUCUGUUAACCCUGAUGAAAAAGAACUUGUUGAGCUAUUUUCUAUGUGUCAUACACAAAUGGGGGAUGUCGUUCCAGAUGGUGUAAAAGUAAGGUUAGUCGCAUUCAACUUGGGCUACCUACCAGGAGGAGACAAAAAGAUGAUCACAAGGUCAGAUACAACACUACUUGCAAUAGAGGCUGCCCAGAAAAUUCUAAUGCCUGGGGGACUCAUCAGUAUAGUUGCUUAUGUUGGCCAUUUAGGAGGAAGGGAGGAAUUUGAGAAGAUUGAAGCAUUCACUUCCAAACUACCAUUUGAGAGUUGGAACUGUUGCAAGCUGCAGAUGUUAAACAGACCAUUGGCUCCUGUACUUGUGUUUCUAUUUAAAAGAUGAAGACUUCAAAAUUAUGACUGACAGGGACAAAUGGAUAUUUGGAGAUCCCUUAAUCUUAAUCAGUUUAUUAGUACAACCUAAGCAACAUUGGCUCUUAUAUUACUUAGCAGUUAAUCUUUAUUUGUUAAUCCUUAA